GCAGCUAUUUAUGUCCCGUUCGGUGCACCAUAGUAUAAAGCCUCUGUCCCAGUCGCACGACGAGCGAGUCCCUCUCCAUCCGGGUCUUUCUCUCACCAUUCUCUCUCGACGACGCCAUAACGUGGCUCACAGAAACGAACAAGCAAUUAUGUCCGAUGUUCAGGAAGCCUGCCCGCCGGAGGAACCGCGAGAUCUGUCUAUGCGGCGACCUUUCGAUCCUGUCGCUCACGAUUUGGAUCCGAAAUUCCGACUCACCAAAUAUGCUGACCUGAAGGGAUGAGGGUGUAAGGUCCCCCAGGAAGCUCUGCUCAAGCUUCUUGAGGGACUACAACAGGACAGCAGUGCCCAGGAGUCCGAACACUUCCAGUACAUCGCCAGUGUUCCUCGAAUAGGAAUUGGUAUGGACUCGAGUGUGACACCCCUGCGGCACGGUGGGCUCUCAUUGGUACAAACAACGGACUUUUUCUAUCCCCUUGUAGAUGACCCUUACAUGAUGGGUAAAAUUGCUUGUGCCAAUGUGUUAAGUGACUUGUAUGCCAUGGGCGUCACUGAAUGUGACAAUAUGCUCAUGUUGCUUGGUGUCAGUAAUAAAAUGACAGAAAAAGAAAGAGAUGUGGUCGUUCCAAUUAUGAUGCGUGGUUUCAAGGACUUGGCUGAAGAUGCUGGCACCCAGGUAUCAGGUGGUCAAACAGUUAUUAAUCCCUGGCUGACCAUUGGUGGAGUAGCAACUACAGUAUGUCAACCGAAUGAAUUUAUAAUGCCAGACAAUGCUGUAGUGGGUGACGUUCUUGUUUUGACCAAGCCCCUGGGUACUCAGGUUGCUGUGAAUGCCCAUCAAUGGUUAGAUGAACCUGAACGAAUGUCUCGGCUCAAAAUGGUUGUCAGUGAAGACGAUAUUCGUAAAGCUUAUCACAGAGCAAUGUGCAGCAUGUCAAGACUAAAUCGCACUGCUGCUAGACUGAUGCACAAAUAUAAUGCACAUGGUGCCACUGAUGUCACAGGCUUUGGCCUAAUUGGCCAUGCAAAGAACUUGUCAAAAAUUCAGAAAAACGAAGUCAGUUUUGUCAUUCACAAUCUGCCAAUAAUUGCCAAAAUGGCUGCUGUCAGUAAAGCCAGUGGAAAUAUGUUUGGAUUGUUUCAAGGACAGUCCGCAGAAACAUCUGGUGGUUUGCUGAUUGCGCUUCCCCGAGAACAAGCUGCUGCAUAUUGCAAAGAUAUUGAAAAGCAAGAGGGGAACCAAGCUUGGAUUAUUGGAAUUGUGGAGAAGGGCAAUCGAACUGCCCGAAUCAUCGACAAACCGCGGGUAAUAGAAGUACCAGCAAAGGAAAAAGAUGGAGAAUUGUGGUAAUCGCCUCCCCCUCCUUCCUAGUUCUACCAAUGGUUAUGUGGACCAACAAGUGGGCAUAAUGUUGUGAGGAGUUGGUAACGAAGUUCAGAAAUGGUUAAAUCUUUAACAACAAAACAAUUUUUAGAGCUUUUGUUGAGAAAUGUAAUUCCUCUAACAAAAUCAUCAAAGUUUUUAGUUUAAUCUUAAUUCCUGGUCACUGAUUUCUAAUCUCAAUUUUUGAUCAUUUUUCUCUUUUAGAUUAGUUUAAUCUUUGUAUUUUGGGCAUUUCUUUAUGGUAACAUUUUGAUUUUCAAAUUUGAAAAAUCAAAACUCUUUUAUUGUAUUUCAACUUUAAUAGUAGCGUAUUUAACUAAACUUGUCUGUUUUCACCUUAAUUUAAUCUCUUUUACAGAAAUAGUAAUUUUUAAAAACUUUUUAUUCAUACAAUUGCAAUUUUUAUCUCUAGCAGACACAUAUGAACGAAUAAUAUGAAUUUUUCUGGCUUAAAAUAAAUUCCUGUUCUGAGGUUUAAAUGUUACCAAAUGCUUCUGGAGUGGUCAGAUUUUAGAGUUUAAUUUAGAGAGAAUAAGAUGAGAAUGAGGAGGAGGAGGAGGAGGAGUAUUUCAGGCCAAUUUACUAUAAUUUGGUACCAGAACUGCUGGAAUUGUCUUCUCUUGCCAUAGCUUUAUUUAUCAAAAACUAUUUUCGCACAUUUCAACACAGAGCCAGAAUAAUUUACGUUUUCUGCCUAAAUUUUUCUCUUAAACACUUAAAUAUUUUCUGGAAAUAACCACUUCUAUCUUGGAAUUGUUUUUUUAGCCAUUUAAAAACAAAGAGAAAUCGUUCAGAUCAUUUUGUCCAUGAUGGAAUUUUUCAGUUUCAACAGAUUUAGUCAAUUCACUUGCCAAAUAAGUACAACUUUGAAAUUUCUAAAAAUAAUCUAAGGUCUUGUUUGUUUCCUCACUCUAUUCUAGAUAAUAUAUAUUUAAUAUGACCUGAAAAAUCUCCAGUAUUUCUGCUACUGCAACAGUUAAGAAUUAUCUUUUUCAAAAUUUAGAAAGUUUUGUCUUAUUACUUCAAACUUUUGAAAAUUGUUCCAACUUUGAUGUGAAGUAAUUUUUUUCAAUGUUUUCUAAAAAAUGAAUUAAUGUGCUAUUUUCUAUAAAUGCCUCUGCUUUUGUGUUCCAUAAAAGAAGAAAAAUGGAUUUGUUUGCUUCUCUUUUGCAAUUAUAUUUGCCCCUUUUAUAUUGGUUAAAAGUCCUUGUCCAUGUAAAUAUUGGUUGAACCGCUGAACAUAAAUUGAACUUUGACUGGUCUUUGAUAUAAGCUAAUCAAUAGUUACUGUCCAUUCCAUUCCAAGGCAUUUUGCUUUGUCCAGGGUUGUUGUCAUUCAAUUCUAACCACAGUUAGGAAUCCUGCAUCCGACUUUUCUUUUUUUUUUCUCAUUUCAUCUCCACUUUUCAGCCACUCUCAUCCCGUCCUUCCCCCAAGUCCUUUUUCUAGUAAACAUAAAUAACUUUGUUCAUUAAGUUUUGGCAUUCAUUAAGGAUCUACUUUGGAAAAUUGAAGCUGGUUUAAAAAAAAAAAGCAAAAAAAUUUUAUUUUACAAAAUUUUAUUUUUUCUUCGUAGAAAAUGUUGUUUAAAAUUUGAUGCAAAAAUCGUGUUUUUGUAACUUAAUUUGGUAUUUUUACUGUCCCCUAAUAUUUUUUCUUGCUUCCUUCAGAAUACCCUUUACAAUUUUGUAACAUUUUUAUUCUGCUAAGGAAGCAAUAAAAAAUAGCGCAUAUUCAACUGUAAACAGGGACCUGUUUUUGGUUGCCAAUAAAACCAGAAAUGUCUCCCUAAUAUUGUGGUUCCAUCCCUGGAGAACAACUGUCUGUUGAGAAAGCUGCUGGUUUUUAGGAGUCAAUUUUUUUCUAUGUAUAAUUUUUUUUUAAAUGUUCAAAAGAAUUUUUUUGUAAAUUUUUCUUGUGUUGUUAAUUCUAGUUUUGUACUAAUGAGACCUUGAGCAAGUCCUGUACAUCUAGAUAUUUAGUUCCAGGAAAUCUCUUGUUGAAAGCUGUUUAAUGGUCAUCUUAAUGAAAUGACAUUGGGAAUUCGAUGUCGAACCAGUGGCAUGGAUAACUGAUGACCAUUUUACGUUCAACGUGAUUUCCAAUCAUCUUUAAAUCAGAAAUAAAACACCAGUUUCACCAGA